UCUGACUGCAGCAUGUCCUCUUGCCUAGGUCACACUUAAGGGACCCAGGCAAAUUGGGCAUGGAGGCGGAGGAGAACGAAGUGGAGAGCAGCAGCGAUGCGGCCCCUCAUCUGGCACAGGAAGAACCUUCGGAGAGCGGGCUUGGUGUGGAGACCUCUGAAGCCAUGUCCGCAGACAGCAGCGAUGCUGCUUCAGUGCCCAUCCUCUCAGAAACAGAUGACUCUGGUGUGGGGCAGAGCUCAGACAGCAGUGGGGUCUCUCUGCCUGUCUGUUUUCCAGGAGGAAGUGUCGGAGAGCAGCUCCAGCACAGACGCUAUUCCUAGGGUCUACCUUCCAGACUCUUCAUCUAUCGCCCAGUCUACCCUGGUCUCCAGCGUCUCCACAGUGAGCCAGUCCAUUAUGGUAUCGGAAUCCCCACAGGUCCUGGUUCACUCCAGCGUCAUCACCGAUGGGGCCACAAUGGUAUCAGACUCCACUGCAUCCACCUCCUCAGACCUGGGCUGUGCCAUAGACAAAAUCAUUGAGUCCACAAUUGGGCCUGAUAUCAUCCAGAGCUGCAUCGCAGUGACGAGCGCUGAGGAUAGCGGUGCCCAGACUACCCAGUAUCUCAUUCUGCAGGGACCUGAUGAUGGUGCCCCCAUGGUGUCCCAGAUGGCCACUUCUGCUCUGGCCAACAGUUUGGCAAUAGAAGCCAUAGCCGAUGGACCCACCUCCACGUGCCUAGACCAGCCUGGCCCUUCCGAGCAGUGUGAAAUAUUGGAGCUGCGCACACAGCCAGAUCAGGCCAGAGAGGCAGAUGCGGGAGAGGAGCCAGACCAGCCGGACCUGGAGAGCUUGGAGGAGAUGAUGGAGGUGGUGGUGGUACAACAGUUCAGGUGCAAGAUGUGUCAGUACAAGAGCAUCUCUAAGAAAACUCUCAUCAACCAUAUGAAGGAGCGGCAUUUCCAGCCAGUGGCUGCUGCUCUGGCCUUGAAGAAGGGACGUCCGCGGAAGGGGGAACCCUCCCCAAAGCCCCUGGAGGAGGAUGUACCGGAGGAGGAAGAGGAGGAUGAUAUCAUGGAUGCUGGAGCCAUUGAUGACCCUGAAGAGGACAGUGACUAUAACCCAGCCGAGGAUGAGCCUCGUGGGCGGCAGCCCAAGUACAGCCGCAUUGUCCCCACGUCAAGUGAGGAGAGGCCACGCCGGCGGCCGGGGAGACCCCGCAAAUUCCCUCGCCUAGAGGACAUGCCAAAGCUUGAAGGUGGUGAGGAGGAGCCCUUAGUCACAUCCCAGAGCACUCUGAGCAGCGAGCUGCAGAGCUCCGAGGCAGCCAGCUCCUCCGUCCUGGAGAAUGGGGCCAGCGACAGCCUCGUGGAGCCCAGCAUCAGCCAGUCGGACUCUGAGAACAAGGAUCCGUCCUCCAACAUGGGCCCUGAGGAGGCUGACACUGUGCCUAGGAGGCGAGGUCGGCCCUCCCGCCGCUUCCUGGGCAAGAAAUACCGCAAGUACAUCGGGCGCAGAUACUACUACAAGUCUCCUAAGCCUCUGAUGAGGCCCUACCUGUGCCGAAUCUGUGGCUCACGCUUCCUCACGCACGAUGACUUGCGCUUUCACGUUAACUCUCACGAGGCCAAUGACCCUCAGCUCUUCAAGUGCCUGCAGUGCAGCUACCGCUCCCGCCGCUGGUCCUCCCUUAAAGAACACAUGUUUAAUCACGUGGGCAGCAAGCCAUACAAGUGUGAGGAGUGUGAUUACACAAGUGUGUACAAGAAGGAUGUUAUCCGCCACUCGACUGUGCAUAACCGGGAUCGGAAGAAGAGAGCCGACCCGCCCCCAAAGCUGAACUCGUUCCCCUGCCCGGUGUGUAGCCGAGUCUACCCCAUGCAGAAGAGGCUGACCCAGCACAUGAAGACUCACAGCACGGAGAAGCCACACAUGUGUGACAAGUGUGGGAAGUCCUUCAAGAAGCGCUACACCUUUAAGAUGCAUCUGCUGACACACAUCCAGGCCAUUGCUAACCGCAGGUUUAAGUGCGAGUUCUGUGACUAUAUCUGCGAGGAUAAAAAGAUCCUGCUGAACCACCAGCUGUCGCACAUGAACGACAAGCCGUACAAGUGCAGCUUCUGCAAGUACUCCACCUUUCGUGAGGACUUCUUGGUGUCACACAUGGCCGUCAAGCACACCGGGGGAAAGCCAUUUGCCUGCGAGUACUGUCACUUCACCACCAAGCACAAGAAGAACCUGCGCCUGCACGUGCAGUGCCGCCACGCUGACUCCUUUGAGGAGUGGGCCCAGCGGCACCCCGAGGAGCCCCCCUGCCGGCGCCGCCCCUUCUUCACCCUGCAGCAGAUCGAGGAGCUGAAGCAGCAGCACAGCCAGGUGCAGACUCCCAUAGAGCCCGGGGCCAGCCCACUGGUUCCCCCUGGGCCUGUGACCUACCACACAGCGCAGCCCCUCCCAAUGGCGGAACCCUCCGUCCCUUCCCAGGAUUCCUUGGGGGAAACCACCAUCAUUUAUGAGCAAGAUGUGGAGGGAUCAGCAGAGCUGGCCACGCAGACAGCGCUGGAUCUCCUGCUGAACAUGAGCAGCCAGCGGGAGCUGGCCACAGGCUCCCUGCAGGUGGCGGUGGUGAAGUCGGAUGGCUCUGGAGCGGCACAGGCCCCCAAAGUCCCAUCACAGCAGGAGGAGGGGGCAGAUCUGGAUCCCAACGGGCAGCAGCAGAAGGUGGUGACGCUCCAUGUGGCUGAGCACGGAGAGGCCUUAGUGCAGGAGGCCUAUGAGGAGGCGACUCUGGGAAGUGCAGAGCUGCAGCAGAUUACCAUCCCGUUCGGGGGCACAGCAGAGUACAGCAUCAUCACGCCCGUCAGCGAGGAGAUCCAGGCCCCACAGACACUCUACAGUGAGGAGGGGAGCCCAGCAGAGACCACCCGUGCAGUCGUGGUGAGUGACGCCAUGAUGGCCGAAGCGCUGACAGACCAAAGCAGUCACUACAUCCUGUCAGCCAGUUUCCCAGGGAGCCAGCUCCGUCGCGUCGAGCAGCUCAGUGGGGACCCUGCCCUCUCAUCAGGGGAAGGCCAAGAGGCCCAGGCCUCUGGCAGCAAGUGGCCCACGCUGCGGUGCCUGGCCAGGCAGCUCCGAAAGAACUCUGCCUUCUCCCCAGCACCGGAAGGGCAGGAGAUCCCGUCUGCAAAGGUGAAAUGGCCCGCACUGCAGGGUGUGGCCAAGAAGUUGUCGUGCAAGAUUUCCACAACCAAGAAGUUGUCGUGCAAGAUUUCCACAACCAAGAAAUUCUCAUGCAAGAUUUGCACAGCCAUGUUCACAGGGAGAGCAGAGAUGGAGAGUCACAAGAGGGCACACGUAGGGCCCAACACCUUCAAGUGUCCCGACUGCCCGUUCACAGCAGCUAUGUGGCUGGAGGUCCGGAGUCACAUGGCACAGCACGCCAACCUUCGACCACACAAGUGCUCCCACUGCAGCUUUGCCUCCAAGAACAAGAAGGACCUGCGCAGACACAUGCUGACGCACACCAAUGAGAAGCCCUUCGCCUGCCAGAUCUGUGGGCAGAGGUUUAACCGGAACGGGCAUCUCAAGUUCCACAUGCAGCGCCUGCACUGCUCCGAGGGGAAGCGGCUGGGGCCGCCAGCAACCACCACCCAGCAGACCAUCAUACUGAACAGCGAUGAGGAAGCAUUGGCCACGCUGCAGACGGCUUUGCAGUCUGGCCAGGCAGUGCUGGCUCCUGAACGACUGCAGCAGGCUCUGGGGCAGGAGCACAUCAUCGUAGCACAGGAGCAGAGCAUCACGAGCCCGGUGAGUCAGCCAGAUGCCUGUGCCAGCCACACAACCCCACACCCCAACCCCCAAGCAGUGGCCUGUGUCCACCGCUCAGAGGGUCUGGGUUCAGCUACCGCAGUCACAGGCUGCAGCUUCGCUGUCUUGCAGGAGGAGGCCACGUACAUCCAGGAGAUCACAACAGCUGACGGGCAGACAGUGCAGCACUUGGUGACCGCCGAUAACCAGGUUCAGUACAUCAUUGCCCAGGACAGCGUGCAGCACCUGCUCCCCCACGAGUACGUUGUUGUCCCAGAGGGGCAUCACAUCCAGGUACAAGAUGGCCAGAUCACCCACAUCCAGUAUGAACAAGGCAGCCAGUUUCUCCAGGAGCCCCAGCAGAUCCAGUACAUGCCAGUUUCCCCAGAGCAGCAGCUGGUUACCCAGGCUCAGCUGGAAGCUGUGGCACACUCAGCAGUGACAGCAGUGGCCGAUGCUGCCAUGGCCCAAGCCCAGGGCAUGUUCACCACAGAGGCAACGGCUGAGCAGAUCCAGCAGCUGCAGCAGGGGAUCCAUUACGAUGUCAUCACGCUGACGGAUUAAGGGCUGGGCACUUGCUGGGGACAGGCAGAUGCUCUGGGCCAGCCAUCCACUAGCCAGGCUGAAAGGGGCUAUAGGGUACAAGUCUGAGCACCCUCUGGCUGGGGUUUGCUAUUGACUUGCUAUGUGCAGCAGGAGGGCCAGGUCCUGCCUAACCGCCCCUCUUCACAGGGUGCUGCAUCCUAAGCAAGGGCUGCUCCCUUGGCAUUCAUGUGGCUAAGGAGCUGGCUGGGAGGGUGGUGGCCUGGCCCUGGCUGGGGCUGGUCUCUGGGCCUUUUUCACCUGACAGUCCCGGAUCCUUUUUCCUGCAUUGUGUCCUCGAGCUGCCGCCUGCCUGCCCUUCGAGAUCCCAGCGUGAGACGGGUGCUGACCACAGCCAUGGCGUGAAAAGGCUGCUCAGUUUUAGCAGCCAUGUAGGGUGCAUGGGCCUGGCAAGGAGAGGGCCUCCCACUUCGGCUUUCCUGGCCUGCAGGCAGGCACCACUCAGGCUCUGCACAGGGAGAGCAGCAUGACCUGGAGAGAGGGAACCACAAAGGAAGAGGCAAUAGCUGAGAUGUUCUAUUUUUCUUCCAGAGACAGACUCUGCUGGAGAGAGCUGGUUUGUACGGGGGAGGGGGAUAAAUGUGAACCAUCUGAAGCUUUGAAUCUGCUUAUGAAUAAAAAGGCGUUGGACUCUG